AUGCGCUUCUUUCCCCUGGUCAUAGGGGCCGUGUCGCUCGCUUUUGUCUCUGCUUCAUCUGGACCUUCGGUGUUCUCCUCUCUCCUCCGGCGCCAAGAACCUGGGACGCCGCAGUACGAUUGUCACGCGAACUGUGGAAAUGUCAUUGUCGCUGGUCGAACGGAGGGAUAUUGUGACACCGCAAACUUCACCACUUCACUCGACGCCUGUCUCGGCUGCGCCCUCGAGUUCGACAUCUGGCAGUACUACGGUGAUAGUGUGUCCGAGGCCGCCACAGCGUGUGGGCUUGAUGCGACGCCCGCCCCAGCAAAUGCCACCGACACGGCCACGGCCACGGCGACGACCAAUAGCUCUGGCCCCGAGUCGACCUCGAUGACCGAAACAGCCAGUCAGUCUUCAAGCACAGAAGCAAGCACUUCGUCUUCCUCUUCGUCGGUCACGACAAGUUCUUCGGUGGAGGUGGCCACAGCAACGGGCGGACAGGCCGGUAUGGGAGGUGCUACCGGGUCUGCAGCACCUGCUGAGGAGACAGCUGGGAGUUUGGGUAACAAGGUCGCUCUUAGCGGCGGACUUGCAGCGCUGCCUUUGGUGGCCUUACUCCUGGGUUGA